AUGCAAGACGAUGAUUCUAAAUACGUGCUUUUCGUGGACUCCGAUAUGGGUGUAAUUAAUCCGAAAAGACGCAUUGAGGAAUUUAUUGUCAAGGAUAAGGAUAUUGUUUUCUGCAAUCGUUUGUGGAAUGUUGAAAUCAUGGCUGGAAGCUACUUGGCCAAGUAA